AUGUUUGACAAGAAUAAAGUCGAUUACUCACUUUACCUGGUGACGGAUUCGACUAUGCUUCCUCCCGGAACGACUCUGGAGUCGCAAGUGGAGGCAGCGUUAAAAAAUGGUGUCACUUUGGUGCAACUACGAGAGAAAGAGACUGAGACUAAGGUGUUUAUUGAACAGGCGUUGAAAGUGCAAAAGUUGUGCCAUAAGUUUCAAGUUCCUCUGAUCAUCAAUGAUCGCGUUGAUGUGGCACUUGCAAUUGAUGCUGAUGGAGUACAUGUCGGGCAGGACGAUAUGCCAAUUAAAAUGGUGCGGCAAUUACUAGGUCCUAGCAAGAUCAUUGGCUGGAGUGUCGGGUAUGAGCACGAAGUUGAACAGCUUGCUGCAAUGGGCCCAGGAGCUGUCGACUACAUUGGGCUAGGUAUGGUAUAUCCAACAUUAACUAAGAAAAACCCUAAAAAGGCACCCAUGGGGCCUAGGGGUGUCUCAAAGCUUCUAGAUAAACUGCAAAGCACCAACGCUGAGUGGUGUAGAACAGUUGCUAUUGGAGGACUGCACCCUGACAAUAUUCCGCGUGUGCUCUAUCAGAUCGCCUCGAGUGACGGUAAGAGAAGUUUGGAUGGUAUCUCAGUUGUGAGUGAUAUCAUGGCGUCCCCAGAAGCAGGCAACGCAGCUCAAACUCUUAGAGCGUUGAUCGACCAGUCAAGUUUCCAUUAUGCCCAGGGACUUUCUCCUUGUAGGAAGGAUUUUAGCUCUGAACUCGCUAAAGAGUGUGUGCAGCAAAUGACAGAGGCAUCUCCUCUAGUGCAGCAUAUCACUAACAAGGUUCAUCAAAAUUUUGGAGCUAAUGUCACUCUAGCACUUGGAUCGUCUCCUAUCAUGUCUGAAGUUGAGCCUGAGUUUGAAGAACUUUCACAGAUUUCUCACGCAACGCUUUUGUUAAAUACAGGUACUGUGGCCCCUUUCAACACCUUGUUGCAAGCAAUGUGCGCGUACAAUGCUGCAAAGCGGCCGAUAGUUUUUGAUCCCGUUGGGUACAGUGCAACCUCUACUCGCUUAGAGCUUAACAACCAACUUUUGGCCUAUGGUCAAUUCGCGUGCAUUAAGGGUAACGUGGGUGAGAUUUUAUCGCUAGCUGAUCUUAACAAGGGUAAAAUGCGGGGCGUUGACGCCGGCUCUGUUGGUUCGGAUAUCUCCCUAUGUGUUGAGGCUACCAAAAUUGUGGCUUAUAGAUAUCGUACAAUCGCCGUUUGUACAGGGCAGCAAGACAUUGUUGUUGACGGUACUUGCGGAGGUACUUUCGAAUUAUCAGAAGGCUCGGCCGCACGGGCGUCGGAUCUUCCUGCACUUAUCGUGGAAGCCGGGGAAAUUCCUGUCAUGGGCAAAAUCACUGCAAGCGGGUGCUCUUUGGGUAGUACAAUUGCAUGCCUAGUUGGUGGUAUUUCGGACAAACAACACUUAUUCCAUGCGGUUACUACAGCCGUUUGCCUCUACAAAUCAGCAGGAAAAAUAGCUUCUGAGCGUUGCAAUGGAAGUGGCAGUUUUCAAGUUGAACUAAUAGAUGCUUUGGACCAGUUAUUCACUAAGAACCAACCGGAGUCCUGGGUUGCGAAGGUCUCCAGAAUUUGA